GCGGUCGGGGGGUGGGGGUCGUAAUUUCUUUCGGAGAAAAGAUGACGUGAUUUCCUGUUGACCCAGGUUAUAUGCCGCCGAUAGGGCGCUGGGACCUGCAGUCGGGGCUAAGUUCACACAGACGAGCACGGCACAGGUGUGGGAAGUCCUGAUUAGGCGUUCUUCAUCCCUGACCUUAUUCUGACGUCACAACAACAACCUGACAAAAUGGCGGCUACACUUAAACAAGUCGUGGAUGACUGCAAAGUGCCUGGAGAGUUCCUGUCGGAGGGUGCCGAGGUGUUCCUGACCCACACCGAGGACAUGCCUGUGUCUGCCGAUGUCUACUGGUCCGCCUUUCAGGACUUCGUGGAACUGCAGCUACACAUGGAAGGGCACGAGAACCUUCGAAUCCUGAAAGGCUAUGGGGAAGUGGGCACGGUUGUUUCCUUUUACUACGACCCGACGGACCUGGCCGAAGGGCAGCGGGAGAUGAAGCUGGUGGAGAAGGACGAUACCACUCGUACCUGGAAGGUCCAUGAGGAAGAACCAAACGACCUGUACAAGAGCUACGAGAUGACCAUCAAGGUUGAGGGGACCGACGCUGCCAAGGUGACCAUAUCCGUGCGUUUGUGUCCCGCCAUAAAAGAUCAGAAGAAACGUCGACAGGACAUUGCCUACACCAUGGUUCAUCUGUUGGGAGCUCGCAUCCGGGACAUUCUGAACUUCAUCGUCCGUGAGAAGCUGGGAGGGAAGCACCGCUUCGACCUGGAUAUCCGCUGUUCUCGCGAGAAGAUGUGGGGCAUUGUGGGAAACUUCAAUGACGUCACUUGGAUACGCGAAGCUACGCACACCGUUGUUGAUGGAAUCUAUCGGACGAUCUACUUCACCGAGGACCGUUCUCUGAAAGUCCGUCUGGCCUGGGCGGACUCCAGCGACUACCUGUUCGUGUAUGAAGGAGACAACAGCCCGGACUUUCUGCACUGCAAGUACUACAGGGGCAGGAUUCAGUUCUUCGCUGUGAACCCCAACAGGGUCCGUGUGACGUACGACUGCUCCUUCAUCCCUGCCAGCGACAGUCCCAUGGAAGAGUUCAAGACAUGGUUCGUGGGAGCUCUCAGCAGCCGGAUUGAGUGGCUCGAGACAACCUUCAGCGAGCCAAAGCCAGGCGAGGGAGAACCCGCCGACACUGCUACGGGACCUCCCGCCUUCAAGAAGGGUGCGUACUCCACCGGUGCCCGUGGGGUCGUCAGGGGGCCUCUGGAGGAUGUGUGGAAGGUCUUCCGGCCUUUCGGACGCGAAUGUAUGGAGUACUGGAAGAUCUAUGACAGCAUGGAGAUCGAGGCACCCGGAAUGGACGUAGCGGGCUGCAUCCGGCUGUUUAAGACAUCCAAAACGAAGAGGACAAUCCGCGAGAGGCUGGAAUGGAGGGACGACGACAACCAUGUUGAGAUCUACAGUCUGCUGUCCAUGGAUCCUCCCCCGCCGGUUGCUAUGAGCAACACAUACACUACCGUCACCAUGACAUCACUUGGUGAGAAGGAGACCGAAGUGAAGUUCGAGUGCACCUUUGACGUCAGCGUGUCGUUUGCCGUGUCCCGUAUCCAAGACAACCAGAAGGGAGCCUACAUGGCGUGCAUCAACGGACUCCAGCAGCUCUUCCACUCCGAGGUCGGGACGCUAGAGGUCGUUGUUGGGAGUGCCGCUGAUCUGGCAAGGACUGACGGCUGGUUUGAUGCUGACCCUUAUGUGGUACUCGCUGUGAAUGAUGGGAAGCCUGUGACCACCAAGGUGUGCAGUUCUACCCAGAAACCCAUCUGGGACGAGCGGUUUCAGCUGACUGUGACGUCACGGACCAGAAACAUCAUCUUUACUGUCCUGGACCGUGACACAGUCGGACAGGACGACAUUAUGGGUACUGCUAACGUCAACCUGGACGAGCUGACGUCAGGCAAGGAGAGGAAGAUGACUCUGGACGUGCAAGGGGGAGGGACGCUGAACGUCAGGCUGUACCUGAAGAUGCACGACAAGCCCAAGGAGCCGGAGGAGGGAGACAAGCUCAUUACGUCACUCGCCAUCCCGUUCCUGGCUCCCGUUGCUCAGAGCGAGCUAGACGCCAUCAGGAACGAGUUCACCAACCUCAUCACGUCGUUCCUUGGACCAGGCCAGAAGUAUGAGCUGGAAUACAUGAAACGCCUGCGGACUCACCCUGACGUGCCGCUGGAGGAGUACCCGGCCUCCUGUGUUCCCAUGCCGACACAGGAGAUGUUCACUCCCCACAAAGUUGGCCGGCUCAUGCAGCGUCUCAUGGAGUUCAUCGCCUCCCAGGCCCAGAUCAUGGUCCGCCUGGCCCAAGUCAAGGGCAUCUGGGAUCCGUGGAAGGCCAACUUCAGCGGCUACCUUCCUGCCAACGAGAAGCUGAUUGAAGAAUGGCAGAAAGACGAGGAGUUCUGCCGCCAGUAUCUCCAAGGCAUCAACCCCAUGCUGGUGACUUUGUGUAAGGACCAGAGCCGGAUUCCAGCAGAGAUGCUCGGUCUGAAAGGACAAGGCAAGACCACGCUGCAGCUCAUGGAAGAGAACAGGCUCUUCAUCGUGGACUACGCACCCAUGCUCGGCGUUCCUGCUACUCCGGGAAAAUUCUUCUACGCGCCGAUCGUGCUGAUGUACAAGGAAGAGCUGGACGGUGGCAAGUCUCGUCUGAACAUGCUCGGCAUCCAGCUGACCAGGGACAAGGGCAUAAACGAAGUGUACUCCCCUGAAAGUGCUAAGACUCAUCCCAACAAGUACAUGUUCGCCAAGAUGCACGUGGUGUCGGCUGACAACAACGUGCACCAGUUCCUGUACCAUCUGGGCUACACCCAUCUCGGUAUGGAGCCGCUAGUGGUCGCCAUGCACACCCACCUGCCACCAGACCACCCCAUCCACCGCCUGCUGCUGCCCCACUUCAAGGACACCAUCGGCAUCAACUACCUGGCCCGCCACUCCCUGGUCUCCAGGAUCUUCCCCAUCACCGACCCGAUGUUCGCUACUUCCACCGUGGGAGGGCUCGUCAUGUUCCUCAAUGAGUGGCGCAAGUACAACUUCAUGGACAUGGCUUUCCCUGAAGAGCUGAAACGCCGUGGUUUUGAUGAGGCCGGCACUGAUGGACUGGAAGGCUACUUCUACCGUGAUGACGGCUUCAAACUGUGGAACGUCUACAAGACGUACGUGACUGGGAUGGUCGACCGUGCCUACGCUGAUGACCAAGCUGUGCAAGCUGACAAAGCCCUUCAGGAAUUCUGCAAGAUGACCGAAGGUCCCGGACAUCUUAAUGGAUUUCCUCGCGAGAUUUCAACUAAGAAGCUGCUCAUCGACUGCCUGACCAACAUCAUCUUCAACGUGAGCGCGCAGCACUCCGCCAUCAACUUCCCACAGUAUGACUACUACUCCUUCAUACCCAACAGGCCUGCCCAGCUGUCGUCCCCAAUGCCUGACGGACCGAACGACAUGUUGGAGUCCGCUGUACUGGAGGCCCUGCCUCCUGCACAGUUCACCGCUCUUCAGGUCCUCCUGUCCUACAUGCUGUCCAUGCCGUCACAGACUGCUAUCACAGGGGUGGAGGCCAUGAAGGAAGUGUAUCCUGAGGUCCAUGAGAAGUUCCAGACACAGCUCCAGAACCUCUCCAAGGAGAUCAAGGGUCGUAACGAGGGUCUGAAGGCGGAAGGGAAGGUCGCCUACACCUACCUGGACCCCGAGAACGUCGCCAUGAGCAUCGACAUCUAAAGUGCUCCUACCGGCUGACUACCAUCUCGCACAACAACAUUCGAGAUGUUGCCAAAUGAAUGCUAGCAAUAUCAGUGCUAGCAAUAUCUUACGACACCAUUUCUUUUCAAGAUACAAAGAAAAAUACUUGGUAAAAGACAAUGCUCAGCGUUAAUCGAUCAAACUGCAUUAUUUCGAUUGAUGCCACACAUCUACUGCGUUUUAGAGUGUGUCUGGCACACAGAUUAAAAUGAUCAGAGGGCAUUUGUUAACGUUAGAUUUGCGUAGAUGUAUUGUAGCUUGUGGUGGAAGAUGCCACAUUUCUUCUAUUAACAGAAUAACGCUUUGAAAAACUGCUGUUGUGUUUGCUUUUGGGUUAAUAAACUGGUGAAUGAAAAU